AUGUGGGCAAUCUCUAGAUCUCCUUGUGAAGUCUAGAGAUCAAUAAAAUGGGUUGUCAAAUUGUCUCCAGUGACUGUCACCUGGUGGAGCAGAAAAAUGACGACUUUGCGGCUCUCUAGGGCCUAUCACCUGAUGGAGAGAAGCUAGAUGGAGAUGGGGUGUGUGUUAAGGAGCUUCAUUCUCAAGUUUGCGCAGCAAGAGGAGGCUCUUCAUCACAUUUGGUACACUCUCAAGAGGUUGCAACUCAUCUCCUGAUGGAUUAUCUUCUUCCUGACAAUGACUUGUUCGUCGAUCAAUUAGAGAUGCUUUACUCGAUGGAUUCACGAUCCUUUUAUUGCGAAUUGUUUAACAAUUUUAGUAACAAUACUCCACGAAUCAUGCUGACAAGAUUUUUGUCGAUGAUGUAGCGAUUCUGGUUGCUUAAUCCUUCAUUGAUGAUUUGUAGGAAUGUCGCGAUAAUCAAAUAAAAAUAUGAGUUUUGGCUCUAGGAGGAUUCAAACCCGCGUUGACUGCCUGCCCUUUCUAAGGAGGGUGUGAGGUGAGUUUAGACUCACAUCACUUGUGCACUAAAGUUUCUAGCAAAUAUAUAAUAAUAUUAUAUUUACAAUCAAGUCUCUUUUUUGUGCAUGUACGCCUACUCCUUGCCCCACAACUAACUGGCCACUAGUGACAUGGAAGGGGAGUGGUGCACAUGUGCCCCUAUCGGUCCUAGUUGCUCAAGUCCCUACUCGUGGCUCUUCCUCGACUACACUUCCAACCUAGCUACGGGCCCGGUUGGCAAGCGGGUGAUGUGACUUAGUCGUUGUAUAUUAAAUCAUGUAAAUCUAAAAUUUAUAAAACUAGAAAAAAAGAAUUUUUGGAUAUUUAGAAGUAUUUCUGAAUAAAUAUAUUAAUUCUAAUUCAAUAAAACUUCCAAAAAUAAUGGUAAUUUUCCAAGUCAAUCACAAGGAUGUAAUAUAAUAUCUGGUAAUUAUUCAAAAAAUUUCUCAAUGAAUAUGAUUUUCUAUGAAUUUUAUACUAGGAAAUGAAAAGGAAAUAUAUUUAAAAUUCACGAAAAAGUGAAAUAAGGGUGCAGACGCUAGGAUGACGUCAGUGCCUAGCAAACACGAAUCGGGUGGAAACAGAGUUUUACCCAACAAUUCUUACAUAAGUAAUUACAGACGAUUUAAUUGAUCAAAUUAAGAUAUGUAAAAGCUAGAAGAAUCGUAAUAGAACAAAGUAUAUUUUGGUAAAUUAAAAUCACAAAAACUAUCACUAAAUGAAGCGUAAAGUAAGUUGAAAGCAGAAAAACAGAGUUUCGGCAUUGCAACGGCAAUGCGUCAGCGAUGCACAAAAAUCCUGGGCGUUCGGGAAGAUCGUCGUGUAGUGUCCACAGCCUCAAAGGUUCUCCUUAGAUAAAAACGACAUAGGUAAUCCCUAGAUCUCCUUGCGAAGUCUAGAGAUCAAUGAAGUGGGUCAUCGAAUCGUCUCCGAUGACUAUCACUUGACGGAGUAGGAAAAUGGCAGCUUUGCAGCUCUCCAGUGGUUGUCACCCACUGGAGAGAAGCUAGAUGGAGGUGGGGUGUGUGUUAAGGAGCUUCAUCCUCAGGUCCACGUGCAUCCGGUAUGCUCUCAGGAGGUGGCGACUCGUCUUUUGGCGGAUCAUCCUCUUCCCAACAAUGACUUGUUUGUCGAUCAAUCAGAGAUGAUUUACUCGAUGGAUUCGUGAUCCUUUUAUCGCAAAUCCUUCAGCAAUUUUUGUAGCAAUGCUCUGCGAAUCGCGUUGACAAAAUUUUCAUCGAUGAUCCAAUGACUCCUGUUGCUUAAUCCUUCACCAGCGAUUUGUAGGAAAGUCAUGAUAAUCAGAUAAAAAUAUAUGACUUUUGACUCUAGAAGGACUCGAACCCGUGCCAGUCGCCCCCCUCUUCUGAGGAAGGUGUACCACAGGUUUAGUCCCACAUCAAUUGUGUACCGAUUUUUCGAAUGAAUAUAUAGUAAUGUUAGAUUUCUAAGCAAAGUCCCUUCUCUCACGUGUAUGACCAAUCCUUGCCCCACAGCCGGCUGGCCACCAGUGAUGUGGAAAGGGAGUGGUGCAUAGGUGCCCAUAUUGGUCUAAGCCGCUUGAGUGCCUGCUCGUGACUACUCCCUGACUAAGCUUCCAACCCACUUGUAGGCUUGGCUAGCCGGCGGAUCCCUCCAUUUUGUAAUAUUUUUAUUUUUAUUUCUUGUUCUUUAUUUAUCUCAAAAGUAAGAUUAUAAAAAUUAUAUUAAAUUAAAUAAUUACCUAAAAAUUCACGUUAAUCAACUGAAAACUACUUUUCGCACUUUAACUCAAAUAUAAGUCUAUUUAUCAUGAGUUAAGGUGAAAACUAUAUUAUUUACUAAUUAUUAACUAAUGAUAAUGAAGACUUAUCACACCCCCCAACUUAAAUCAUUACUAGUCCCUUAGCAAUGGAAUUACGAAAAUAAAAUUUUACAAAUCUCAAACAUCAUAUUUCAAUUUAGAAAAAAAAAUAUAAUUAGAAAUGAUGUAUCUUUAAACACUUUGGAUUCUUAUAUCAAGUAUUUAAGAAUGAUGUCAAGCACUUAAAUGUUUAAACACUCCUUGGAAUAACAAUCUAGACUUCACUUCUUCUAUUCACAUCUUUAUCACUUCUUCACCCAUAGAUGUAUUUACAAGAUGUUUCAAUUAUUAAUACUCAUCCAAGAAUAAUACUGAUCCUACAUUUCUCUUUUUCUAUGGCCUAAUUUUUGAAGUUUGCACUAUAUUUCUUCAUUCUUUUUUCUUUCUUUUUUUUUAUAUAUAGUGGAUAAGUAGCUUUUCCUAUAGACAAAUUUCAACAAUAAGAAUGAUGUCUCACACCCUCCAUGUGUACUCUUCAUUUUCAGGGCUUUCACUUUAUCCACUUAUUUUUUAGCAAGUGUUUUUCUAUGCAUGAUUUUUGACAAUGAGAAUGAUGUCUCACACUCUCCAUGUGUACUCUUCAUUUCUAGAUUUUUCACAUUACUUUUUCUUUUCUUUUUUUUGAAAUAAGUGAUUUCUCUUCGCAAGUCCUAUAGAUCAAGGUGCAAAAAUCUCCAUUAAACUCAAAUGAUCAAUCAAAUUUUCACAUUAAGUAAAUACUAUCCAUCAAGAUCAUGAAGUGAAAAUUUAUAAAAUCAAAUUCGUGUUAUCUAUCAUAGAUCCAAGGAGUAUUCCAACAUUUCAUGCUACUAGAUCAUUCUUUUGACUCAAUAAAUAAUCUUUCUAGUAUCUUUUGGUAUCAAUCAAUCUAAUUGAUUUAAUAUUUCAUACAUGCAAUAUGAUGUAAGAGAUUUGUAAAUUAAAUAGUUCUGACAGAUCUAUUUUCUAUUUUUAGUUCUAUUUUUAGUAGUAAUAAAUUUGUCAAAAAUAAAUCAAAACUAUCCUCUUGAUAACUGUAAUUUCGAAUUUUAGUAAUAUAUGUCUAGGGGAUUGAAAUGUGAGAAAAGGGUCUCUAGAAUUUCAAAUUUUGGGUUGUUUUUUCGUCUGCUAUUUUUGACAGUCUGUUGUUCCUGACAGAAAAUCAGAAAAUAGAUGUUGUAGUUUUACUGAAUUUUAUUUUAUUUUUAUUUUUUAGUUGCUGUUCUAAGUUGAAUAAAAUGCAAACACAUGUUCUUAAUCAUCUUACAGCAUAAAUAAAUAAUGAGUACUUCACCCCCAACUUAAAAAUAACAUUGUCCUCAAUGACAUAGAAAAAUCGAAACAGAAUAUCCAGAAAAUAUAAUUUUCAUGUGAAGCAUGCAUAUGUGCAAAGUUAAGUAUUAAAAAUAUUUUCAUAAAUAAUAAAGCUCAGAAAGACAUCACCUCAACCUUGUUUUUAAUUUUCCACUUCAUCUCACACUCCUCCUCCUGCACUUUUUCAAAAAAGAAAUAAAUAUAGAAAUAAGUACUACGAAAUUUUAAGAAAAAUAGAGCUUAAAAAAAUAAAAAAAUCAAACAGAAUGAAAUAAAAAACAUGGGUUGCCUCCCAUGCAGCGCCGAAUUUAAUGUCUCUAGCUGGACUCCUUGAUCUUACUCUUGAAUUUCUUUUAAUAAUAAUUUAUUUUUUUCUGUAAGGCGUUCAUGUUCUAUUUAAUGUUUAAGUUGUUGUCCAUUUACCUUAAAGUUAUGAUCACUUUGAGGAUCUUUCAUCAUUAUAGCCCCAUGGUCAUAUGUCUCUUCCACCACAUAAGACCCUUUACAUUUUUAUUUUAAUUUUCCUCAGAAUAAUUUCAGCCUAGAAUCAUAUAACCACACUUUUUGUCCAACAUCAAAUUUUUUUCUGCUAAUAUAUUUAUCAUGAAAAGUUUUAGUUUUUUCUUUAUAUAUUCUAUGAUUUUCAUAAGCUUCAUUCCUCAACUCCUCUAGUUCAUGUAGCUGAAAAAUUCUAUGCCCACCAACUGAUUUUUCAUCCAUACAUAAUAUUUUUUUAACCCAUAAUACUUUAUGCUCUAUUUCCAUAGGAAGAUGACAUGGCUUUCCAAAAAUAAGACGAAAUGGGGACAUACCUAUGGGAUUUUUAUAAGUUGUUCUAUAAGCCCAUAAUGCAUCUUGUAAUUUCAUGGGUCAAUCUUUCCUAUCUAGUUCAACUAUAUUUCUCAAAAUUCUCUAAAUUUCCCUAUUUGCUACUUCAGCUUACCCAUUUGUUUGGGGACGAUAUAGAGUGGCUACUCUAUGAUCUACUCCAUUCUUUUUCAACAGUUCCCUGAAAUGUUUAUUUGUAAAAUGUGUUCCUCCCACUUUAGGACAUCCAAAUCUCGAAAAAAAAAAUUCCUGCAUAAAUUUCAUCAUGAUUUUAUGAUCAUUAGUUUUAGUAGGAAUAGCUUUCACCACUUCGACACAUAAUCAACAGCAAGCAAAAUAUAUUCAUAUUUUUCAGCUGAUGGGAAGGGACCCAUGAAAUCUAUUCCCCAUACAUCAAAAAUUUCGACUACUAACAUGUUACUCAUGGGCAUUUCAUCUUUUUUACUCAUGUUACCUAUAGAUUGGCAUGAAAUACAUGUUCUACUAAAUUCUAUAGAAUCUCUAAUGAUUGUAGGCCAAUAAAAACCAUACUGAAAAAUUUUUACAGCUGUUUUUUGUCCAGAGAAAUGUCCUCCAUAGUUAAAUGAAUGACACAUGUUAAUAAUGCUAUGAUAUUCUUCUUUAGGAAUGCAUCUCCUUAAAAUUUGAUCAUUGCCCAAGUAAUAUAAAUCAGGAUCAUGUCCAAAGUAAUUUAUAAUCUUAGAAAAGAAAUGAUGUUUUCUAUUCUUAUCUCAUUAUUCUGGAGUUUUUCUAGAAACUAGAAAAUUAACAAUAUGUGCAUACCAUGGUGAUGGUUGAUGUUGAGCUGCCAUCAAUUAUUCAUUUGGAAAUGCGUCUUGUAAAGGUGCUGCAUUUAUUCUUAUAUCACUUAAUCUAGAAAGAUGGUCAGCAACAACAUUCUCAAAACCUUUUUUAUCUUUUAUUUCUAAGUCAAAUUCUUGCAACAGUAAAAUCCAUCUUAAUAAAUGUGGCUUUGCAUCUUUCUUAUUUAACAGAUAUUUUAAUGUUGUAUGAUCAGUAUAAAUAAUAAUUUUAGUUCAUAAAAUAUAUGAUCUAAACCUUUCUAACGAAAAUACUACAACUAACAACUCUUUUUCAGUCAUGGUAUAAUUUAAUUGAGCAUUGGAUAUAGUUUUACUAGCAUAUGAAACUAUUAUGGGUUUUGACACUUUUGUUUGUCCUAGAACAGCCUCCACUACAUAAUUCGAUGCAUCACACAUUAUUUCAAAGGAAAGGGACUGACGUGACUCAGUCGUUGUAUAUUAAAUCAUGCAAAUAGAAAAUUUAUAAAACUAGAAAAUACGAAUUUUCAGAUAUUUAGAAGUAUUUCUAAAUAAAUAUAUCAAUUAUAAUUCAAUAAAAAUUCCAAAAAUAGCGGUAAUUUUCCAGGUUGAUCACAAGGAUGUAAUAUAAUAUCUGGUAAUUAUUCAGAAUUUUUCUCAAUGAGUACGAUUUUUUUACGAAUUUUAUACUAGGAAAUAAAAAGGAAAUAUAUUUAAAAUUUACGAAAAAAAGGAAAUAAGGGUACGGACGUUAGGAUGACGUCAGCGCCCGACGAACGCGAAUCAGGCGGAAAUAGAGUUCCGUCCGGCGAUUCUUACGUAAGCGAUUAUAGACGACUUAAUUAAUCAAAUUAAGAUCUGUAAAAGCCAGAAGAAUCGGAAUUGAACAAAGUAUAGUUUGGUAAAUUAAAAUCAACAAAGUAUCACUAAAUGAAGCGUAAAUUAAAUUGAAAGCAGGAAAAUAGAGUUCCGGCGCCACGACGGCAAAGCAUCGGCGAUGCACCGGAAUCCUAAGCAUUCGGGAGGAUCGUCGAAGGCUCUCCUUGGACAAAGACGACAUGGGCAAUCUCUAGAUCUUCUCGCUAAAGUCUAGAGAUCAAUGAAGUGGGUCAUCAAAUCAUCUCCGGUGGCUGUCACUAGGCGGAGCGGAAAAACGGCGACUUUGCGGCUCUCCGGCAGCUGUCACUCGAUGGAGAGGAGCUGGAUGGAGGUGGGGCGCAUGUUAGGGAGCUUCAUCCUCAGGUCCGCGCAGCAAGAGGAGGCUCUUCAUCGCAUCUGGUACGCUCUCAAGAGGUGGCGACUGGUCUCCUGGCGGAUUGUCCUCUUCCCGACGACGGCUUGUUCGUCGAUCAAUCGGAGAUGAUUUACUCGAUGGAUUCACAAUCCUUUUAUCGUGAAUCGUUCAGCAAUUUUAGUAGCAAUGCUCCGCGAAUCGCGUUGAUGAGAUUUUCGCCGAUGAUCCAGCGAUUCUCAUUGCUGAAUCCUUCACCGGCGAUCUGCAGGAAAGUCGCGAUAAUCAAAUAAAAAUAUAUGAAUUUUGACUUUGGAAGGAUUCGAACCCGUGCCGGUUGCCCUGCCUCUUCUGAGGAAGGUGUGACGGGGGUUUAGUCCCACAUUGGUUGUACGCUGAUUUUUCGGGCGAAUAUAUAGUAAUGUUAGCUUUGUGAGCAAAGUCCCUUCUCUCGCGUGUAUGACCACUCCUUGCCCCACAACCAGCUGGCCACCGGUGACGUGGAAGGGGAGUGGCAUAUGUGUGCCCUGUCAGUCCCCAAGCCAAGCCGCUCGAGCCCCUACUCGCGGCUUACUCCCCGACUGCGCUUCCGACCCACUUGCAGGCACGGCUGGCCGGCGUGUCCCCCCAUUUUUGCAAUAUUUUUAUUUUUAUUUCUUGUUCUUCAUUUAUCUCAAAAGUAAGACUGUAAAAAUUGUAUAAAAUCACAUAAUUACCCAAAAAUUCACGUUAAUCAAUUGAAAACCAAAAAUCAUUCUUUAACACAAAUAUAAGUCUAUUUAUCAUGAGUUAAGGCUAAAACUAUAUUAUUUACUAAUUAUUAACUCAUGAUAAUGAAGACUUAUCACACCCCCCAACUUAAAUCAUUGCUAGUCCCUUAGCAAUGGAAUUACGAAAAUAAAAUUUUACAAAUCUCAAACAUCAUAUUUCAAUACAGAAAAAAAUAAUAAUUAGAAAUGAUGCACCGUUAAACACUUUGGAUUCUUAUAUCAAGUAUUUAAGAAUGAUGCCAAGCACUUAAAUGUUUAAACACUCCUUGGAAUAACAAUCUAGACUUCACUUCUUCUAUUCACAUCUUUAUCACUUCUUCACUCAUAGAUGUAUUUACAAGAUGUUCCAAUUAUCAAUACUCAUCCAAGAAUAAUGUUGAUCUUACAUUUCCCUUUUUCUAUGACUUGAUUUUUGAAGUUUGCACUAUAUUUCUUCCUUCUUUUUUUUUUUUUAUAUAUAUAGUGGAUAAGUAGCUUUUCCUGUAGACAAAUUUCGACAAUAAGAAUGAUGUCUCACACCCUCCAUGUGUACUCUUCAUUUUCAGGGCUUUCACUUUAUCCACUUAUUUUUCAGCAAGUGUUUUUCUAUGCACGAUUUUCGACAAUGAGAAUGAUGUCUCACACCCUCCAUGUGUACUCUUCAUUUCUAGAUUUUUCACCUUACUCUCUUUUUUUUUUUCAAAAUAAGUGAUUUCUCCUCACAAGUCUUAUAGAUCAGGGUGCAAAAAUCUCCAUUAAACUCAAAUGAUCAAUCAAAUUUUCACAUCAAUUAAGUACUAUCCAUCAAGAUCAUGAAGUGAAAAUCUGUAAAAUCAAAUCCAUGUUAUCUAUCAUGUAUCCAAGGAGUAUUCCAACAUUUUAUGCUACUAGAUCAUUCUUUUGACUCAAUAAUAAUCUUCCUAGUAUCUUUUGGUAUCAAUCAAUCUAAUUGAUUUAAUUUUUCAUGCAUGUAAUAUGAUGUAAGGAAUUUGUAAAUUAGAUAGUUCUGACAAUUCCGUUUUCUGUUUUCAGUUCUAUUUUUAGCAGCAAUAAAUUUGUCAAAAAUAAAUCAAAACUAUCUUCUUUAUAGCUGUAAUUUCGAAUUUCAGUAAUAUAUAUCUAGGGGAUUGAAAUGUGAGAAAAGGUCUUCUAGAAUUUCAAAUUUCGGGCUGUUUUUUGUCUGCUGUUUUUGACAGUUUGUUGUUUCUGACAGAAAACCAGAAAAUAGAUGUUGCAAUUUUUCCAAAUUUUUUUUUUUUUUUUUUUUUAAGUUGCUGUUCUAAGUUGAAUAAAAUGCAAACACAUGUUCUUAGUCGUCCUACAGCAUAAAUUAAUAAUGAAUACUUCACCCCCCAACUUAAAAAAUGACAUUGUCCUCAAUGACACAGAACACUCAAAAUAGAAUAUGCAGAAAAUAUAAUUUUCAAGUGAAGCAUGCAUAUCUGCAAAGUUAAGCAUUAAAAAUAUUUUCAUAAAUGAUGAAGCUCUGAAAGACAUCACCUCAACCUCGUUUUUAAUUUUCCACUUCAUCUUACACUCCUCCUCCUGCACUUUUUUGAAAGAAAAACAAAUACAAAAACAAGUACUACGAAAUUCUAAGAAAAACAGAGCUUAAAAAAAUUCAAACAGAAUGAAAUAAAACCAUGGGUUGCCUCCCAUGCAGCGCUGAAUUUAAUGUCUCCAGCUGGACAGCUCUUCUAUCAUAUAAGAUGAUCUAUGGCCAUCAAAAUAUAUUUGUAUCCCAAGGUAAGUUUCAUGAUAUUCUUUUUCAGAUUUAGCAUAAAUUCAUAUACUUCAUAUAUAUACCUUGACAUACUUUCACCAAAAAAAAAUGGAAAUUAACAAUUUUUUCCCAAAAAUAAUAUUUCCAUUUUGAAAAGAAUCUUUCCUUAUUUCUAUCUUGUUUUGUUAGGCUCUCAUUCAUUAAUAAAUACUUUCUAUUAAUAAACCAUAAAAUGUGAUCAGGCCAUAUAAUUUUCAGAUUAGCUUUUUCCCAAUCUAAAUUUUUUUCAUCUAAAUUGGUAUCUCUAAUUUUUCCACUCACCCAUUUCUUAAUGUUUUCUUUUAUCUGCAUAAUCUUCCCCUGCUCCAUUUUAUCUUCCAUACAUAUUUGUUCAAUUUGCGAGGAGUGAAAAUUUUCAAGCUUAGAAAUAAUUCUAAUGGGCUGUGGGUUUUGAAGGAUGGAAGGAUUGUCUUCUUUAAUCUCAGAUCUAAUGAAUUCAGUAAAAUUCAAAUUUUCUCCUCCAAAAUUAUCUCUAUAUUCAUAUCUAUUAUUUUCGCUUGUUCCCAUUAGUUCAAUCAAUUCUUUUUCUAGCUUUUCGUUUCUCAACUCAUCAAAUUCUUCAUCUUCCCAAGAGCUAUCUUUAAAUUUUGGUAUAUGAUAUACAUCAUCAUCCUCACAAUCAACAUCCAUGGCUGCAAAAUUAUGAUUAGAUUCAUUAAUUUCGUCUCUUACAUCUCCUAAAUCAAUUGAUUUUUCCUCACUUCAAAUAUAUUUUUCUUCAUUUCUGUCCUUACUCCCUUCUACUAAAAUUUGGAUGAUUUUUCUAUGAUCAGUUGCUGUUUCUUCAUCUAAGGGUUCUUUCUCCUCAUCAUCCUCACUAUAUUCAUUCAUCAAUUGUGAGCAAUAAAUGAUUUUAUUCAAAUUUUCUACUACUACAUUUUUGGCCUUAAUAUUCUCAUUUACUUCUAAUGGAUCAUCAAUUUCUUCUAAUAAUUAGAAAUAAGGAUCAGGUAAAAUAUUUUCACUCAAUAUAUUCACUGUCCUAACAUUUUCAUUUCGUGGGUUUUUUUUAAAAUUUAUCCAGCUAGACUCUUCUUGUUGAAAUCUUACUGUUGGACAGUUUUCUGAAUUUUCUAUGGGCUGACGAGGUAGCUAUCCCUCUUCUCUCUUAUUCUCAAGAGCCUCUAUAAUUUGUUUCUGAUGAAGCAUCAUUUGAUUCAUAAUUUGUUGCAUCAUUUGAUUCAUAGUUUGUUGCAUCAUUUGGCUCAUUUGCUGCAUCAUUUCCAUAACAUCAGGUUGGGUUUGAGAGGGCUGAUUUUUCUGAAAUCUAUUUUCUUGUUUUGGAUGAAAUUCAGAGUUUGAAUUGGGUCUAAGUGCUUCUGGAUUUUGAAUAUUAUUUGGGUUUCUCCACGAAAAAUUAUUCCCCCAAUUAGGAUUAUAGGAAUUAGAAAAAUAUUUCCAAUUUUUACUAAAAUCGUGAGGUACUUGCACUUGUUCUUGCCUAGGAUGAUAUUGAAAUUCGAAAUGAUCAUUUUCACCAUACAUAUGACGUGUACUUUUUGAAUUAAGUUGAGGGUUAAGAGGCUUUGUAAUAUUGUCAAUAAGUAAAUCAAGUUUUUCUAAUAUUUGAUUAAUCUGAUUAACCUCAUUUCUAAGUUUAGAAUUAUCAUCAUGAUACAAUUCAUAAAUUUCUCUCUUCAUUUCCUUGUCAUAUAAUUCAAAAGAGGCUUGAUCUCUAGAAUUUUCACUUAAAUUCUCAUAAAGAUUGUAAAUCUCAUCAGGAGUUUUCUCCAUAAAAGCUCCUCCACAUAUAGAAUCAACCAUAUUUCUAUGUUGUUCUAAUAAUCCAUCAUAAAAAAUUCUAUUGAGCUGCCACUUGGGUAUAGCAUGAUGAGGACACUUUCUAAGUAAAUCUUUGAAUUUUUCCUAUGUCUCAUGCAAAGUUUCUCCUGGUCUUUGAGAAAAACUCCAUAUAUGUUUUCUCAUAUUUUGAGUUUUUCCUAAGGGAUAAAAUUUUCGAAGAAAGGCCUGUUCUAUAUCUUUCCAGCUAGUUAAUUCUCUAUCUAAUGUGGAUAGCCAAUGACUAGCUUUGUCCCUAAGUGUAUGAGGGAAUAAUUUCAUCUUAAUAAUUUCCGGUGUAACUUGAGGGAGAUUAACUAAAUCACAGACCAUAUGAAAUUUUUCCAAGUGCUGAUGAGGUUCCUCUAAAGGCAAUCCAUGAAAAUUAGGGAGCAUUUGAAAAAUUCCUGGAUUUAUUUCGAAUUUAACAGUGGGUGCUAAUGGGACUCUAAUAUUGGAUGCUCUUUGAAAUGAAUCAGGGAUAUAAUGAUUUUUCAUGGCCAUAGGAUUGUUCUCAGUUUGACCUGUACUUCCUUCAGGAUCCAUCAAAAUUAAUUUUUCUUUUGGAUUUUUAUUUUUGAAUGAAAUAAUGAAAGGAUUUUCUAGCCUUGGAUGCAAGGAUCUUCUACCAUGCAUAAAAAUCAAUAAAUUCGAGGGAAAAAGUUAGUAACUGUUACCCUCCUUCAGGAUGCUCCAGUCCUUGCCGUGCUUCUUUUCGUUCCCUUUUUCUAAUAAAAAUCGGCAAAAAGAAAAUAAAACAAGAGUAAAGUUUUUUUUUUUGUGUACUCUAAGAGAAAAAUAGAAAAAUACUAAAUAUUAUGCAAUACAUCCCCAGCAACGGCGCCAAAAUUUGACGUGACUCAGUCGUUGUAUAUUAAAUCACGCAAAUAUAAAAUUUAUAAAACUAGAAAAUACAAAUUUUUUCGGAUUUUUAGAAGUAUUUCUAAAUAAAUAUAUCAAUUAUAAUUCAAUAAAAAUUCCAAAAAUAGCGGUAAUUUUCCAGGUGAAUCACAGGGAUGUAAUAUAAUAUCUGGUAAUUAUUCAGAAUUUUUCUCAACAAAUACAAUUUUCUUACGAAUUUCAUACUAGGAAAUAAAAAGGAAAUAUAUUUAAAAUUCACGAAAAAAAGGAAAUAAGGGUGCGGACGUUAGGAUGACAUCAGCGCCCAGCAAACACGAAUCAGGCGGAAACAGAGUUCCGUCCGGCGAUUCUUACGUAAGCGAUUACAAACGACUUAAUUAAUCAAAUUAAGAUCUGUAAAAGCCGAAAGAAUCGGAAUUGAACGAAGUAUAGUUUGGUAAAUUAAAAUCAUACAAAGUAUCACUAAAUGAAGCGUAAAUUAAACUGAAAGUAGGAAAAUAGAGUUCCAGUUUCGCGACGGCGAUGCGUCAGCGAUGCACCGGAAUCUUGAGCGUUCGGGAGGAUCGUCGUGUAGUGUCCACGGCCUCGAAGGCUCUCCUUGGACAAAGACGACAUGGGCAAUCUCUAGAUCUUCUCGCGAAGUCUAGAGAUCAAUGAAGUGGGUCGUCGAAUUGUCUUCAGCGGCUGUCACCCGGCGGAGCGGAAAAACGGCGACUUUGCGGCUUUCUGGCGGCUGUCACGCGACAGAGAGGAGCUGGAUGGAGGUGGGGCGCGUGUUAGGGAGCUUCAUCCUCAGGUCCGCACAGCAAGAGGAGGCUCUUCAUCGUAUCUGGUACACUCUCAAGAGGUGGCGACUGGUCUCCUGGCGGAUCGUCCUCUUCCUGACAACGGCUUGUUCGUUGAUCAAUCGGAGAUGAUUUACUCGAUGGAUUCGCGAUCCUUUUAAUUGGAAUCGUUCAGCAAUUUUAGUAGCAAUGCUCCGCGAAUUGCGUUGAUGAGAUUUUCGCCGAUGAUCCAGCGACUCUCGUUGCUUAAUCCUUCACCGGCGAUCCGUAGGAAAGUCGCGAUAAUCAAAUAAAAAUAUAUGAAUUUUGACUUUGGGAGGAUUCAAACCCGCGCCGGUCGCCCCGCCUCUUCUGAGGAAGGUGUGACGGGGGUUUAGUCCCACAUCGGUUGUACGCCGAGUUUUUGGGCAAAUAUAUAGUAAUGUUAGCUUUGUGAGCAAAGUCACUUCUCUCGCGUGUACGACCACUCCUUGCCCCACAGCCGGCUCGCCACCAGUGACGUGGAAGGGGAGUGGUGAACGCGCGUGCCCUAUCGGUCCCCAAGCCAAGCCGCUCGAGCCCUUGCUCGCGGCUUACUCGCCGACUGCGCUUCCGACCCACUUGCGAGCCCGGUUGGCCGGCAGGACCCCCCACUUUUGCAAUAUUUUUAUUUUUAUUUCUUGUUCUUCAUUUAUCUCAAAAGUAAGACUGUAAAAAUCGUAUAAAAUCACAUAAUUACCCAAAAAUUCACGUUAAUCAAUUGAAAACCAAAAAUCAUUCUUUAACACAAAUAUAAGUCUAUUUAUCAUGA